GGAAAACCGAUCACACUUAGAAACCAAGCGCAUCAUCCCCAGUUACAAUAAUUUGACAUAUAAUUCAUCAGCUUCAAACCCCUUUUUUUGCACGUCCUAUGAUUGCAACUUGAAUCAACGGAAGCUUCGGCUUCGCAAAAAAACCUCGUCAUGUUUCGAGCCAUGAGCCUCACGCCGCCGGCCGCAUCCGGGCUUGGCGCAGUUUUCUCAGGCCUCGCGAGACCCAAAACCGCCUCACCACCUCUUCUCACAGCAGCAGCAGCAGCAGCACCGCACCCCGCUACCAGUCGUAGCAGUCUGCCGCCUGCAACAUGUCCUUUAUCCCACCAGCAGAUGCGACGGUCGUCGUCCAACUCGCGCUGGAAGGCGCGGCAGGGGCGGGACUUUUUCGCGCGCGAGGCCAAGGUUCAGGGCCUCAAGAGCCGGGCGGCGUUCAAACUGAUCGAGAUGGACUCGCGGUACCGGCUGUUCAAAAAGGGCCAGCUCGUCGUCGACCUGGGCUACGCCCCGGGGUCUUGGUCGCAGGUCGCCAUGGAGCGCACCAAGCCCGGCGGCCGCGUGCUGGGCAUCGACGUCAUUCCCGCCCAGCCGCCGCCCGGCGUCGCCACCAUCCAGGGCAACUUCUUGUCGCCGGUGGUGCAGGGCAUGGUUAAGCAGUUCGUGGUGGAUGUGCACCGGCUGCAGGCUAGGGAUCGGGCGCGGGCGGGUGAUGCUGCUGCUGCUGCUACUGGUGAAGACGGCGACGCCGGUGGUGCGGUUGAUUGUGUCGAGGAGAAGCAGAGUUAUGUCGAUAUGGAGAGGCAUUCUGUGGCAGAGGAGGAGGUGGUGCGUGCUGCCAUGGCCAGUGAAGAGGGAGAGGGUGGUCAGGAUGCUGCUUCUACCCGGCCGGCCGAUGCUUCCAAAGGGGCGCACGAUAAGAAGCUAGUGGAUAUAGUGAUAAGCGACAUGUCAGAACCAUGGCCCCAAACCACCGGCUUCUCGAAUAACACUCUAAGCAACCCCCACAGGAUGAUGAACACGAGCGGCAUGGCCUUUCGAGACCACGCAGGCAGCAUGGAACUCUGCCACGCAGCCCUACGCUUCGCCAGCGACACACUCCGUCCCGGUGGUCAUUUCGUCUGCAAGUUCUACCAGGGAUCCGCCGACAAGGAGCUCGAGACGCAGCUUAGGAAGCUGUUCACCAAGGUCCAUCGAGAAAAGCCGGAUUCUUCGCGGAGUGAAUCCAAAGAGGCGUUCUUUGUUGCGCUAAGGAGGAAAGCUGGCGUCACUCUUGAUGAGGCCCGACCCCUUGAGAACAAAUAUGACGAUAUUCAAUGAUAGCGCCCUGCAACUGGGGGGCUACCUGUGUUACGAUAUAAUCAGGCGAGAUGCCACCGUGUAUAUUCAUAUUUCUGUUGUACAAGUCGAAAAUACCCAUGGAAACACAUGUUCAUACUUUUUACGCUGCAA